AAAGCAAACUGUCCACACCCUUUCUUCUGCCUUACUCACACGCAGUAAACACUUAAUAUGUGCAGAUAAGAGUGAUGCAUUACGAACUUAUAACUGCUUUUAUGAACAUCAUUCUGAAUUAUUCAACUGCCCCUGAAAUGAGCAGGCAUAUGGAUUUAAAAAUGGCACUAGUAUUCAUUUACAUACUUGUGCACUUACACUGGAGCUGCACAGUAGAUCUAUGUGAAGAAGAUCUAGACUGCAGAACCUUAGAUGUGUAUGACAAAUCCAUGACAGCAAUCCCUGAAAAACUAAAAGAUGGAGUCAAAGAAAUAUUUUUUGUACACAGUCAGAUUCCUGUGAUAUCAAAAGGAGUUUUUUCUAAAAACCCUCAAAUAAAGAAAAUCGAAUUUCUUGGUACUUCAACUCACUCUGUAGAGGUUGGAGCCUUUGAGGGGUUGCCUGAUAUCACGACCAUUGAGAUAUCUGGCACAAACGUGACAGCAUUACCUGUGGGUGUUUUUAAGGAUCUCAACAAUCUUCAAAAACUUGUUUUAAAAAGAAACAAAAUACAGAGCCUUGAUAAAGGGUUAUUUGAUGAUUUAAAAAAGCUUCAGGAAUUAUAUCUACAUAUGAAUGAGAUCAGUUUCAUUGAGGACGGGACAUUUGACAAUUUAGAGAGUCUCUUGAUUCUCCAUCUUGCAAAAAACAACCUUAGAUCCGUAUCGACAUCUCUUUUUUCCAAUCUGAAGAGACUGCAAAUUUUGAGGCUUCAUGACAACCAGUUGACUGCUCUACCUGAUGGGAUUUUUGAUAAUCUCCCAGAUUUGCAAGACAUAGCCUUGCAACGCAACCAAAUCUCCUUUAUACAGCCAAAUUUAUUUCCACACAAAAGUCAAUUAAUAAAACUGUAUUUGGACAGAAAUCUUUUAACAGAACUGCAGCAAGAUCUAUUUGUUGGUUUCUCAUCAUUAAAGACUCUAACUCUGGACAACAAUCAAUUCAGCAGUCUUCCCAAUACUCUUUUUGGAGAAAUGCUCAGAAUGACUGAAUUACGUCUAAGCCAUAACAAUCUCACUCACUUACCAACUGCAGUUUUCAGUCCACUUAAGAAUCUAAAGAAGUUAGACCUUUCCUCAAACCAGAUUUCAAUUAUAUCUCUAGACCUUUUUGAAGGUCUUGAGAAAUUGACUGAUCUGAAUCUUCAAGAUAACAAUAUGGAGUCAUUAAAACAAGAGGACUUUAAAAAACUUGAGUCCCUUAAAACGCUCAGACUGGAAAAUAAUAAACUACAAAGCCUCCCUGGUGAUGUUUUUGAUGCUGUUCCAAAGCUCAGUAAACUGUACCUGGACAAGAACCCAUGGAAGUGCGACUGUGACCUGUUGCCAUUCUAUGAAUGGAUGAAGAACAACAAGCUCAAGAUUAAAUCAAAAACUCCAGAAGUUUGCGAGUUUCCAACAAAUCUGCUAAAUCAAUUAAUCCUCUCUUUAACAGAAGAACAAUUAAUAUGCCUCACACCUUCACCAAGUACCAUCCCUCUCCUCACAAGUACUGCUCCCAUGACCACGCUCCACACCACAACUGCUUCAACCACAAAGUUAACCUCGACAACAGCAGCGCCUACAACAACUACUGCUUUCCAGACGACAAGCACACCUACUCCAACAACAACACAGACAACCACCGCAGCACCAGUUCCUCAGGGGCAGGGGCGCUAAUAUUAAAUGUGGCCAAUCUAAAAAAAAAAAAAUUAUAGGUCAAAAGUCAGAAUACAUUACUAUUUAAUAUAAUUUUUUUAUAAAAAGUCACUUAUGGUCAUCAAGCUUGAAUUUAUUUGAUCACAAUUUUAGUAUACUUUAAAAUGCAUCUUAUGCAAUGCGGACAUAUUAUCAACUUGUGACACUUUUUGUUUUUCAGGAUUCUUUGAUAAAUAUAAAGUUUUUAAAAAAGAACAAACUAUUUAAAAUAUAAAACUUUUGGAACAAUAUACACAACCGUUUCAAAAGCUUGAGGUCAGAAUUAAUUUUUUUGAAAGAAAUUUGUUUUUAUUCAGCAAGGAGUUGUUAAAUUGAUAGAAACAGUGAUUGUAAAGACUUAUAUUGUAAGAAAAAAUCUCUAUUUUGAAUAAAAGCUGUUAUUUUCAACUUUUCAUAUAUCAAUGAACCAUAAAAAGUAUAGCGGGUUAAAAAAAAAAUAUAUAUAAAUAAAUAAAGCAGCAAAACUCGUUCCAACGUUCACAAUAAAUCAGCAUAUUAGAAUGAUUUCUGAAGGAUCAUGUGACACUGAAGACUUGAGUAAUGAUGCUGAAAAUUCAGCUUCGAUCAACAAUAAAUUAUUAUACAUGAGUACAAUUUAAGUAUUCUUUUAAAUACAGUUUCUGUAUUUUUUUGUUCAAAUAAAUAAAGGCUUGAUGAGCAUAAGACUUUAAAGCUGCAUAAUUAUCAAAAAUGGUCAUAUAAUACAAUUAUAUAAUAAAAGUAUUUUCACGUUACCAUUUCGCCAGCCUACAUUUAACAUAAUAUGCCUGUAGGUGGCACUUAGGCUUCAUUAACAUUGAUCGUUUCAUGAAAUAGUAAAUGUUGUACUAUACAAAAAUAUAAGUGAACUGAAUACUGAUCCCCAUUAUUGUGCUUUUGUAGUCAUUUAGCAUCCAUUUUUUUCAGCGAUGUAAUUUGAUUUAUAAAAUUAGGCAAACCGCAGAUCCAGAUCGCUCCACAAAUGUAAACUCGUCGGUCCAUGUAAUUUUCAAAAGAUUUAUGAAUAAGAACGGAAAAUGAACACUCCAUUUCUCAUGACAAAAACAGGCAAUGAUGAAUUAUUUAAUAUUCUAAAAUAAUUAAAAUCGACACACUAGAUUUGAUUAUUGAUGAAAAAAAUAUUGUUUAGUUUAUUUUUUUCUUUCCGGCCACCCAUAGACACUGAAAGAAGGUUUCCGAACAGAAUGUUCAAUAUCAGUUGGUAAAGCGAAACCAUAGAUUGUAAUGCACGCAACCUUAGCAAUGCCUUAAAUUGACAGAUACACUGAAAAAAGUUUUUCAAGCAAUACUUCAUCCAAUUAAUAACUUUUUUCGAUUUAAUUGACCAUUAUUAGUUUUAUUUUUCAAGUAAUAGGCUAUUUUUUUUUAGCUCAAAACAUUGAUAAAUAUAAAUAUUUUUCACUACGAGCUCAACUGUUGAAUGUUAUUUUUCACCAUUUACCUUUUAUCGCUCUUUCUUGUCCUCAAGAGACUGUUUGUGAUCGGCAAAAUUUUUUGUUUUUUUAAACAAUGGGACAUUUCUCAUCCAUUGGCUAUUAAGUUUUCUCACACGCCUGCAGUGGACAAAACCACGCUUGAACCCUGCACCAGCGAGAUCCACUGGGAUUAUUUUUGUAUUUUCCAUUUUCUUUUUCCCUCAAUGUUUAUGAGGAGUGUACCUUUUAAGUUAAUUGUUCUCAUAGCAGCCGCGAUUGCAGCGGAGGAGAGACGAUGGUUGCGCUAAUAUGGUUCAGACCCCAAAUAACAACCAUCUUGUUUGGGAAGGAAGAAGAAAUUGAAGAGAUGCUUCAGAAGACUAAGAUGAAGCUGACAAAUCAGACUCCAGGAAGAAUCCUCAGCGUUGAUCAAGUCCACAUCUAACCCAUCUAGAGUGGGAAUCCUGGAAGAAAACUUUGUAUGAACCGACUGAUCUCAGGCCUUUAUUGUCCAUUUUUUCAGACUGAUUUAUGCCCUGCACUUGGACGAAGUGUUUGAAAAGCUUUUUGUAUUUUAUUCAGCACGUAAUAUUCGACCUCGGAAAAGGUGAAUUAGCACCUAAAAUUCCGUGCUGCCAAUACUGUGAACUCAGAGAGGAAUAAAACCAUAUCGUUUUGAUGCCGUUUGUUGCAAGUGAGAUUAACUGUUUUUAUGUUAGUUUGUUAAAUUUGAGCCAAUGAAAAAUAGAUAACUUGCCCUAAACAGUAUUUUCUAUGUCGAAUAUGAAAACUAUAAAAAUACAUUUCUUAAAUGAGAACUUUUGUUUUGAUUAAAUCAAUUUUUUUUGUUUCGAUCCAAAAUAUAACUUCAAUUGAUUGAUUUUCUUCAACAAGAAAAAUAUACUUUGCCAAGGUUUUAUAUAUAUAAUUUUUUUUAAAAGUUAAAAAAUAUAGAUGUGAAUCAUUACCCUAAACCUUUUCAAUUGGAUGAAUGAAACAUUUCAGUGCAGGCUGUAAAAACAGAACAUAACAGGGAUUUACAGACUUCUGAGUGAUUAACUACUGUUCUGUACACAAUGUCAUGUUAAUUAUCAUUUAAAUGCAUUUUGUUUUAUUGACCACAAUAUCAUUGAUAUUUGUCUGAGAGGGGCUCUUUUUAAUAAUUUUGAAAAAGGGCAGGGGCUUGAACCACCAACCCCCCACCCCCACCCCUCUGCACGUGCCUGGCCGGCUAAAUUGCUUUUGGAUAGAGGGGUUUGGUUGCCAUGGAAAACUUCCCAGUCAGGACAAGUCAUAGAGUGGCAGGCACAUUGUGGGAUCCCGGGUAAUAAUUCAGUGAUAAAUGAAUGAUUUAGUGAGGAAAACAGGUGCCACAGUAUCACAAGAGAGUUUAGAAGAGGGAAACAACAAAAAGAGACUGAGGGGAAAAAGUGAGAUAGAGUGACACAGAUGGAGACAAUAAUUUAUUUAUUUUUUUAAAGAGUGCGGGGUCUUCCUCCAGCUUUAGCCCUGGCCGUACAAAAGCUAUAUUCUGAAAGCAGGAUUAAUCCUGACUUGCGCUCUCUAUGGCAGGGGUCUUGAGUGCAAGAUUUUACUGGCUAAAAGCAGGGGAUUGUAGGAGCGUAAAAUGCCAGGCUUUACAUGAUCCGCAGCAUUGUCUACGACAAAUCCCAUUUGCUACUGGGCCUCUGAGGAACAGGGUUAGAAGUCAAAGUGGUGUGGAGGUGCUUUCCAUCCCCUGUGCCUUUACCAGGCCCAGAAAUAAUCAAAGCUCUAGCACUGAACUGCUUGCUAACUUUUGGUAGGAACAUGCACAGAAUUGGGGCUGUUCUUACACUCAGGCAAAGUAUUGGCAACUAAGAGUCAUUAUUCAAAACACUGCAAUGAGGACUGCAUUACAAACAUGCUUGUUUAAGCAACAACAAAUACAAAAUCUGCUGUGCAUGGUAAAAGAAAUCAUAUUUUAUCAAAGUUAGAAUGUGAAUUUAAAGUUUGAAUAUGACUGUAUUAAGUUUUUUUUUUAAGUUUUUUUAUUAUAUAUAUUUUUAAGUAUAUUUAUUAUCACAUUUCUGAUGGCUCUAUGAUUACUCUGAAAAUUGUCAAAAUAUUUUAGAUAGUAAUCUUUACAUAAUGUGUACAUUGUACUAUAUAGCCAUGUAACAAUUAAAAAAAAUACUUAAAUAUUAUGAUAAAAAUACUUUAUUAUAAUAAGUAAUAAUAUUUAUUUUGAUCUUAGUGUAUAUCACAAACACUAUGGAGCAGUAAAUCAUGCUAUUACACAGCUCUUUGAAAUGCUCGAUUCUGAUUGGUCAGUCUCAACAUUCUGAAAUCCGUUAUCCCCCAAUAAUGAAUUAAAGCAUAAAAAGGUAAGAUUUGAAAACCAUUUUAACUCAAUAACUAUUUUAAUCGCAACUUAAUUAUUUAUUUGGUGGAAAGCUUUGUAAUAAGGGGUAUGACUGUACAUUAUCCCAUAAAAUGUUUGUCUUGUUUGAACUUGUUAAUUUGUUUAGGCUCAAAGCCACUUGAAAGGGACGCUUUUUCUCGUGGAGGUUUUGAGUUUUCAGCUAAUAAAAUAUUUCAACUCAA